AUGGCCACGCGGCCCAAGCGGCGCCCGCCGCCGCCGCCCGCCGACGAGCGCGCCUCCGAGUCCGGCUCCGAGCCGGGCUCCGAGUCGGAGGCGACCUCGAGCGACUCGGACUCGGACGAGAGGAUCGAUGAGGAAGUGAAUGUUGAAUUUGAAGCGCAUUCAAUAUCGGACAAUGAUCACAAUGGGAUAAAGAAGUUACUUCAGCAGUUGUUUCUAAAAGCUCCUGUUAACAUUGCUGAAUUAACUGAUUUGUUAAUACAACAGAAUYAUAUUGGAAGUACUAUCAAGCAAGCUGAAGUCCAAGAAGACAGCGGUGAUGAYGAUGAUGACGAUAUAGAUGAAGUCUUCGGUUUUAUCAGCCUCGUAAACUUAACUGAAAGGAAGGGUACACAAUGCGCUGAGCAAAUCAAAGAGCUGAUUUUGAGUCGGUGUGAGAAGAACUGUGAGCAGCAUGUAGUGGAACAACUGGAUAAAAUCCUGAAUGAUAAUGCUAAGCCUGUGGGUCUCCUGCUGAGUGAGAGAUUCAUUAAUGUACCACCUCAGAUAGCACUGCCCAUGCACCAGCAGCUUCAGAAGGAGAUGACUGAUGCACAGAAAAAAAACAAGCCGUGUGGAAAGUGCCACUACUAUCUUCUUAUCAGCAAGACCUUUACAGAAGCCACAAAGAGCAAUCCUAAGAGAGGAGGAGGAAAUAAGCAACAGGAGCAAUUAAUGUUUGCAAAUGCAGAAGAAGAAUUCUUUUAUGAGAAAGCUCUUCUGAAGUUCAACUACUCUGUGCAAGAGGAGUGUGACACGUGUUUGGGCGGCAGAUGGUCCUUUGAUGACGUUCCAAUGAAACCUUUGCGGACGGUUAUGAUCAUCCCAGCUGAUGGGAUUCAUGCAAUUAUGGAUAAACUCAGAGACUAUCUCUCACUCUAAGCUUUCCGGUGAAUACUGUUUUUAUAAAGCAGUGAUGCAGAACUAGGACUUUCCAGUCGCUUCAGGAGACUGCUCUUGAGUUCAGUUUUGUGCUGCUCACGUUUCUUUUACACACACAGAAGAAAAGUAGCUGACAAAACUAUCAAUACCAAUCAAAUCAGUGUUUUAAAAUGUCAUUAAAURUUCAGUAAGAAUUUGGUGUUACAAGGAAACUUGAUGAACUGCUUUUUUAAUAAUUCUUUUAACAAAAUCUCCAUCAUACGUUGUCGUUUCAGCGAACAACUCUCAACUCUUCUCCAUAAGAAAAUUACUUCUUAAAGUGAAUAUCUCCUGUUAAAUGCCUUUAUACCAAAAGUUCAAAAUAAUAACAAGGUUUAAAAUUGRAAUGUAUAUUGUAUAUCCGAUUUUUAUUCAAUAUAUGAUACUUGAUU